UGGUGCGAGUGCGAUCGCUGCUGGUUCUGCGUAGGCUGCCAAAGAGGGACUUGGAACAGAGCGAAGCAGCAGUGCGGAUAGAGCAGCACACGGCGCUGAGCACAGCAGAGCAAGGACAUUAAACCAGCCUCCCACUGCAGCAGCAUCCCGCCACGGAACAGCUGAGUCUCCCGUGCAGGAUCCUGGAAAAUCCCCCCAAACAAAGGCACCAUGGCUGUUGGACUGAAGCCAGGGAUUUUUCUGCUGCUGUUAAUCGCUUGUUGGACAUCUACCACUGCCAAAGAGGGAAAGUCAAAGGGAAAGAAAGGAAAGCAAGUCGUCUGUCCAUCACAGUUGUCACCUGAAGAUCUGGCGCAAGUUCCAGCAAAUUCUACAUCCAACAUUUUGAACCGACUGAUGGUCAGUUAUGACCCAAGGAUAAGGCCCAACUUUCAAGGAAUUCCAGUUGAGUCCAAGGUGAACAUUUUCAUUAACAGUUUUGGAUCGAUCCAGGAGACAACCAUGGAUUAUCGUAUCAACAUAUUUCUUCGUCAAAGGUGGAAUGACCCUCGUCUGCAACUUCCUGCCGACUUUAAAAGUGAUUCCCUCACUAUCGACCCCAAGAUGUUCCAGUGUUUGUGGAAACCAGACCUUUUCUUUGCUAAUGAAAAAAAUGCGAACUUUCAUGACGUAACACAGGACAACAUUCUUCUGUUCAUAUUUAGAAAUGGAGACAUCUUGAUCAGCAUGAGGCUCUCAGUGACUCUGUCGUGUCCUUUGGAUCUCACGCUCUUCCCAAUGGAUACACAAAUGUGCAAGAUGCAGCUGGAGAGUUUCGGCUACACUACCAGUGAUCUGGUCUUUAUGUGGCAAUCUGAUCCGGUGCAGAUGGAUGAGAUUGCUCUCCCACAAUUUGACAUCAAACAAGAAGACAUCAAAUAUGGAAACUGCACAAAGUACUACCAAGGAACAGGAUACUAUACCUGUGUUGAGGUGAUUUUUACGUUACGUCGGCAAGUUGGUUUCUACUUGAUGGGAGUUUAUGCUCCAACUCUACUGAUUGUAGUUCUGUCCUGGUUGUCCUUCUGGAUCAAUCCUGAUGCCUCAGCGGCGAGGGUCCCACUUGGUAUCUUGUCUGUACUCUCUCUGUCCAGUGAGAGUAUGUCCUUGGCCUCUGAACUACCAAAGGUGUCUUAUGUAAAGGCCAUCGAUAUCUGGCUCAUAGCCUGCCUGCUCUUUGGGUUCUUUUCACUGGUGGAGUAUGCUGUAGUGCAGGUCAUGUUAAAUAGUCCAAAACGGAUCGAAGAGGAAAAAGUCAAAAUGGCCUCAAAAGAAAAAGCGUUACAAGAGAAAGAAGGAAAGAAACAUUCCAAUAAAACCAACAACACGGUCAACGGCACAGGUGGAACUCCCAUUCAUGUCAACACUCUGCAGGUGGUGGAGAACCGUUGUAAGAAGGUUUGCACCUCCAAGUCCGACCUGCGGUCCAAUGACUUCAGCAUCGUCGGAUCUUUGCCUCGAGACUUUGAACUUUCCAACUUUGACUGCUACGGAAAACCCAUCGAGGUCACAGGUGCCAUCAAGUCCAACAGCAAAUCCAACAAGAAACCUGCACCGCCGAAGCCCGUCAUACCUGCUGCCGCCAAGCGCGUGGAUCUCUACGCUAGAGCCCUCUUCCCGUUUUCUUUUCUUUUCUUCAAUGUUGUCUAUUGGUCGGUUUACCUGUGAGAGAGAGAUUGGAGGAUCGUCUGAACUUUACUAGCGGCUUUUAUAUUUUAAAACCAUCUAUGCAACGUUACCUGUGGAAGUAACCAUAAAUGAUCAGCCUCACAGCACAGACUCGCUUUUAUUCGUUAUAUAAUCAUUGCAUGUGUGUUUGUGCGGUAAAAUACUAUCUAGAAUAAAACGUACGAAAGUCAUUCAAGGAUCUACAAGCUGUUGCUGAUUCAAAAUCUUCUGACAUCAUGGAAACAAAGUUACAAGAAUGUAAAGAAAUAAAUGUCAAAUAUUAUAAACAUAACUGUCUUUUUCGCCUUUAUGUUGCAAAAUGUGAACUUUACUGAAUUUAUUUUCUAGCUUUCUUUUGGCAGAGAUUUUAAUUUGCAGUGGAGGAAAAAAAUAUUUGAUACUUUG